AUGUUUUAUGUUUAUUCGUGUGGCUCAAAUGGUAGAUUUCAGCUAGGAGAUGGGUCAGAUGAGGAUUUGAACCAGUUGAAACGGGUGUUUGAGUCCAAACUUAGACCGGUGAAGGUGGUUUGUGGAGGUAAUCAUACUCUGAUUUUAUUGGAAAAUGGUGACUUGUAUGCUGCUGGUGAUGAUACUUUUGGUCAAUGUGGGAUCGAUCCUGAAACUAUUGGAAAUAAUGAACAAAGAGUCAAGGUUUUUAGUAGGGUACCCAGAGUUGAUAAUUCACCUUGGCUUGACUGCAGUGCUGGUUAUGAAUAUUCAAUAUUUGUGAAUGGGAAUCAACAACUUUUUAGUGCUGGUUUUGGAUUGAAAGGGGAAUUAGGAUUAGGUGAAAAGGUAGGGAGAAGUACAAAGCUAACCAAAAUUGAUACAAAUUUCGAGUCCAAUAUUAUCGAAGUCAGAUCCUGCCUUGAUCAUACUGUUAUUUUGUUAGAGAAUCAUGAGGUUUAUGGCUGGGGUAAUGGUAGAAGUGGAAAGUUAGGUGAACCUGCUCAGACAAAGAUUUGGAAACCUAGAUUGAUUGAAACUGGUUCAAUCACUCACAUUGAAGUUGGUAGAGACUUCACAGCAUUAGGUGAUACUGAGGGAAAGAUUGAAAUUUUGGGGAAGGACAAGUUCAAUAUUGCAUCUAAAUUACCACAAUCCUGGAAACUUUUCAAAACCAUGUGGUCCUCAUUGCAUUUUAUUGAUGAAUCCAAUCAUAUCAUAUCAGCUGGAAAUGAUAGCCAUGGUCAACUCAUUCCUGUUGAGGAUGUCAAAUUCUCCCAUUUUGAUGUUGGUAGUGAACAUGGUAUCAUAACAGACGGCCAAAAAGUUAAAUCAUGGGGUUGGGGAGAACAUGGAAACUGUGGUAUCAAUAAAAUAGACUCUGUUACUUUCAAUUAUAUCAAUGAUUUGCAUCAAUUCCCAGACACUGAACGUAUUAUAAUGAUUAAAGGUGGAUGUGCUACAACUUGGGUUGUAACAGAAUUUUUAGAUUCUACAAAGGCAAAUGAAUGA